AUGCGUUUCUCAACUCAGAUUCUCCCUGCUUUGGGAGCUCUUGCUUCGCUGGGCGAAGCUACACCCACUUUCAUCGGAGGCGGUGCCAAUGGCGGCGCUUCUGGCGAGAUCGGGGGCCACCUUGGAGGUGGUGCCGGUCUUGGUGCUGGUGUCGGUGCCGGAGCUGACGGAAAGGCUGGAGCCGGUGCUGGUGUCGGUGCUGGUCUCGGAGGCGGUGCCUCGGGACACAUUGGAGGAGGAGCCGGCGUUGGAGCUGGUGCCGGUGGCAAGGCUGGAGCCGGAGCCGGAGCUGGUGUAGGCGGCGAUGCUUCCGGUUCUAUCGGAGGUGGUGCCGGCAUUGGAGCCGGAGCUGGUGGCAAGGCCGGAGCUGGUGCUGGUGUUGGUGGAGGCGCUGAGGGUCACCUUGGCGGUUCUAUCGGCGGCGGUGCUGGCGUCGGUGCUGGUGCUGGCGGUAAGGCUGGUGCUGGUGCUGGUGUCGGUGGCGGCGCUGAGGGUCACCUUGGCGGUUCCAUUGGCGGUGGUGCUGGUGUUGGCGCCGGAGCUGGCGGUAAGGGUGGUGCCGGAGCCGGUGCUGGUGUUGGUGGAGGUGCUGAGGGUCACCUUGGCGGCUCUAUCGGCGGCGGUGCUGGAGUCGGUGCUGGAGCCGGCGGCAAGGCCGGUGCUGACGGCAAGGCUGGUGUUGGCGCAGGUGCUGGCAUUGGUGGCGGCGCUGAGGGUCACCUUGGUGGUUCUAUCGGCGGCGGUGCUGGUGUUGGUGCUGGAGCUGGCGGCAAGGCUGGUGCUGGCGCAGGUGCUGGUAUCGGCGGAGGCGCUGGUGGCCACAUCGGCGGUGGUGUCGGUGGUAAGAUUGGAGGAGGAGCCGGUGGUAAGGCUGGUGCUGGCGCAGGUGCUGGUAUCGGCGGUGGUGCUGAGGGCCACAUUGGUGGUGGUGCUGAAGGCCACGUCGGCGGCGGUGCUAAGGGUGGUGCUGGUGCCGGUGCUGGAGGCAAGGUUGGUGGUGGCCUCGGUGGUAAGAUCGGUGCCGGUGCCGGUGCAGGUGCUGGUGGCCACCUUGAGGGCGACGUCAAGGGUGGUGCCGGUGGUAAGAUCGGCGGUGGUCUUGGAGGCAAGCUCGGUGGUGGCCUCGGUCUCGGUGCUGGUCUGGGCGGUGGCCUUGGACUCGGUGCUGGACUCGGUGGCGGCCUCGGUCUCGGUGGUGGCCUCAACGGUGGUGCUGGUGUCGACCUUGGCUUCGGUGGCCUCGGUGGUCUCAAGGGUCUCCUCGGUGGUGGUAUCAAGUGGAAUGCCGGCGCUGAGGGUGACUGGCACACCGGUACUUCUUGCAGCAUCGGCAACGCCUGGAAGGACCACAUUCUCUUCCAGGGUAUCUGCUCUCCCGAGACUUCUACCUCUCCCGCUGUCAACCUGGGUCUCAACCUCCCCAACUGCCAGAUCUCUGGUGACAUCGGUUUCGCUUGUGGAGCCGACUUCCUCAAGACUCCCAACGUCCGUGUCGGCCUCGGUGGCAUCUCUGCCUACAUUGAGAUCGAUCUCUCUGCUUCUGCUGCCGUCCACCAGUCCGUCGAACUCUUCGCUGCUCCCAAGCUCGGUGUUGCCAUUCCUGGCCUCGACAUCGAUGCUGAUGCUGAGCUGAAGGCUGCCAUCGAGGCUGCCAUCGCUCUUGAUCUUAUCGUCGGCUGUGGUAAGGCUGCCGAUAUCUCUGCUGGUGUCUACGUCAAGUUCCCUGCUUCCGCCUACGUCGACAUUGACCUUAUCUCCAAGAAGGUCAUCAAGGCUUCUCUCGAGGGUCUCGUCACCAAGGCUCUUCCCGUCGGUGUCGGUGCUGAGGUCGACCUCGGUGCUGGUAUUGAUCUCCAGAUCGGUCUCCGACUCCGUUCUGAGCUUGCUAUCCCUGCUGGUCUCGAAAUCCCUGUCCUCGGUCUCUCUGGCAAGGCUGGCGCUGGUGCUGGCUUCGGUGCUGGUGUCUGGUUCUCUCUCCUCGACUACUCUGCUAAGAUUGGUGGCUCUGCCGGUGCUGGUCUCGACAUCACUGGCGAGUUCGACUGCAACCUUGGUCUCGCUGUUGACAAGAAGUGGGACUUCUCUGGUGGUUUCUUCAACCUCAUCCCCAACCUGUCUGUCGGUCUCGCCAAGGGUAUCAAGUCCACCUUCUCCCAGAAGACCCGUGGUACUUGCGGUAGCUUCAUUGGCAAGUUCAAGAAGGGUGGCUUCAUCGGUGGUCCUUCCAUCCCUGCUGGCGGCAUGAUCACUGCCACUGGCUCUGGCGACGCUACUAUCUCUGUCCCCGCUGGUGUCACCAAGUCUGUCGAGUUCUCUGGCACCGUCGCUAUCCCUGACGAGGAUGUCCCUGCCCCUACCACUGUUCCCGGUGUUCCUGACGCUGCCGACUCUGGUUCUCUCCCCGUUGCUACCUCCGACGCCCCUGCUGGUGACAACGAGACCUCUUACGGCCCUGGCGGUGACUCCCCUGCUACCUCUGGUGCUCCCGCUGGCGAUGCUACCGACUCUGGUUCUUCCCCUGCUGUCACCUCUGCCCCUGCUGUCCCCGACGAGAACACUCCCGUUGGCCCUGGCGGUGUCCCCAACCAGCCUAUCACCAAGGGUGCUGGUGUCACUGACAUCUUCGGCCCUGGCGAGACUGUCACCGUUUCCGGCUCCGAGGGCUUCACCACCAUCAUCUCUGGCUCCGAGGGUUUCACUUCUUACAUCACUGGUUCCGAGGGCUUCACCACUGUCUUCUCUGACUCUGAGGGCAGCUUCACCUCUUACUACUCUGGCUCUGAGGGUUUCACCACCAUCAUCUCCGGAUCUGAGGGUGUCACCAAGGUCGUUCCCGGUACUCCUGGCUUCACCACUGUUGUCUCUGGCUCCGAGACCUUCACCCAGGUCGUCCCCGGUGCUGGCUUCACUUCCGUCUACACUGGCUCCGUUCCCGUUGCUACCGGUGGUGACUACGAUCUCCCUCCUGCCCCUGGUGCUGAUGCUACCUCCGCUGGCGAUGUCGCUGAGUCUGGCUCUCUCCCUGCUGCCACCACCGCUCCCAACGGCGACAACGGUACUCCCGCUGAUGUCACCACUGGUGCUGGCUCUGACGCUGAGAUCACCUCUGCUCCCGCUCCCGACACCACUGAGGCUCCCGAUGCUGAUGGCAUGAUCACCUCCACCAUCCGUGAGACUCACGUCUACACCAUCACCUCUUGCGCCGCUUCCGUCAUCAACUGCCCUGCUUCUUACACUCAGAAGAUUGUCACUGCUACUGUCAUUGAGCGCACCACUGUCUGCCCUGCCUCUGCUACCGCUGUCCCCGAGGUUCCCGCUGAGGGUUCUGACGAGUCUGGUGCUACUCCCUCUGCUCCUGUCGAGGGUGGCAACGCUUCCCACCAGGGCCCUCACGGCGAGACUCCUGAUGCUCCCGCUGACGAUGCUUCUCCCUCUGCUCCUGUUGAGGGUGGCAACGCUUCUCACCAGGGUCCUAACGGUGACUACGCUCCUCCCGCUGACGGUGCCACUGGCUCUGGAUCUCUCCCUGCUGCUACCACUGCUCCUGGUGCUCCCGCUGGCGAUGCUCCCGCUCCCACCGCUCCUCCUGCUGCUGACAAGCCUACCAUCGACAUUGUCACCAUCACUGAGGACGUCACCACCAUCGUCCCCUGCACUGAGUUCGUUACCAGCACCUUCACUGCUCCCGCUACCAUCAAGGCCCCUGAGGCCCCUGCUGUCACCAUCAUUGACAACCACACCGGUCAGCUCCCUGCUGCUCCCGCUACUGAGCAGCCCACUGCUUUCACCACUAUGACCCGAGUCAUGGCCACUGCCACUGACGGUGCCGAGUACCCUGUCGCCACUGGUGGUGACUCUUCCGCUGCUACUCCUGAGGAGGGUGCUCCUGAGGCCCCUGCCGCUCCUGAGGCUGGCUCUCCUGCCGCCCCUGGCUACGACCUCCCCGGUGCUCAGCCCACCUACAAGGCUCCUUCCAACGGAACCAUUCCUUCUCAGGUUCCCGUCGUUGCUGGUGCCUCUCUCACCAGCGUUGGCAGCAUGCUGCUCGCUAUCCCUAUGGCUCUCGCCUUUGUCAUGUAA